AUGACUGAGAAUUAUUCAUUUUCAUCUUGCCACAUUAAGUCGGUUGGGCAAGUGGAGAACGAAGAGGCGAAUGGGAUCAGAACAAGGCGAAUAUUAAAUUCUUCCAACAAAUUUGCUGCCUUUUAUGCUGCGAAUAUUGAAUUAUGGUUACACAAACCACUACCGACAGUUACAGCAACAGUAACAGCAAAGGCAAAAGCAAAGGCAAGAACCCCAAAUUUAUUUAGCGACUUCGUGAGCGUUUGCUUUAAAAGCUGCUACUAUUUUGCUGCUGCUGCUGCUGCUGUUCGUGCUGAAAACAAACUCAUCUUCAAAUCAUAA